GGACAGCUUCGUCUUGGGAAGCUUAUUCUUGCCUAGGUACCAACCACACCCUGAUAAACCAUACCUCCCACCUCAAUUCAGAGUGGUCGCUUGUCUCAAGUUCUCAACAUACUUAAGUAAUUACCAGCAUUCCACAUCCAACCAAGAUGGCUCCACACGAAGGCCUCGUCCACCCCAAGGAAUACGACAUCAAGGACAGCAAUGUCGAGCUCAUCGGCAGCGAGAUAGACCACCAGGUCAAGUACAAGAGCGCCACCACCGAGCCGGCCUGGAACGAUGGCAACGUAGGCAUCAACCCCGGGCUGUACAUCUGGCGCAUUGAGGAGUUUGAGGUCGUCCCGUGGCCAAAGGACAAGUACGGCCAGUUUCUCGACGGUGACAGUUUUAUCGUCCUGUACACUUACAAGGUCGGCGAAGGCGAGAACGAGCACCUGGGCCAUGACAUCUUCUUCUGGCUGGGCGCCCACACGUCGCAGGACGAGGCCGGCACCGCCGCCUACAAGACGGUCGAGCUCGACGAGUUCCUGCACGGCAAGGCGACCCAGCACCGCGAGGUGCAGGCCGCACCCUCGGACGCCUUCAUGGAGCUGUUCCCGCGGCUGCAGAUCCGCUCGGGCGGCGUGCGCUCCGGCUUCACACACGUCGAGGAGCAGCCCAAGGAGGAGGUCACCACGCUGCUGCGCGUGUUCAAAAUCCCCGGUGCUAAGCGCGACUCCGUCGUCGUGCACGAGGUGGCGCCGACCUGGGAGAGCUUGGACGAGGACGACGUCUUUGUCCUCGACAAGGGCGACAAGAUCUGGGUGUGGCAGGGCAAGAACUGCAGCCCCAUGGAAAAGGCCAAGGCUGCACAGGUCGUCCACGACAUGACCAUCGCCAAGCACGUCGACGUCGAAGUCCUCUCCCAGACCGAGUCGCGGUCCCGACUUGUCGUCGACAUGCUCGGCGGCGACAAGGAUGCCGCCCCCGCCACCGAGGAGUACCACCGCCCGCGGCCCUUCGGCAGGCCCACAGAGGGACGCAGGCAGAAGAAGCUAUUCAAGCUCAGCGACGAGUCCGGGCAGCUAAGCUUCGGCCAGGUCAAGGAGGGCCCUUCUAUCUCGCAGUCUGACCUGGACGGCAACGACGUCUUCAUCCUCGACGACGCGGGGAAGACCAUCUGGGUCUGGCAGGGCGCCGGGGCCAGCAAGGCGGAGAAGGCGGCGUGGCUGAAGGUGGCCCAGGCAUAUGUGCGGAAGCUACAGGGCGAUGACGAUGAGGAGGCUCACCUGACACCCAUCGCCAAGGUCGUGGAGGGUAGCGAGAGUCAGGGUUUCAUGCGGGCUCUUACGGUAUGAACGGACAGCCGAGUCCACCAAUGUAUUUGUACAUGUAUAGAGCAAGGCCUCAUGUUUGGACAGAUCUAAUUUACAAUGUUCGUCCCUGGU